ACUGUACUGAACUUUGGCCCGGUUUAUGGCUAUUGGCUUUUUAGUUUCGAAAGAUGCAAUGGUAUCUUGAAAAACUAUGCGACAAAUAGAAAAGACGGGUUUGAGGGAACCUAUAUGAAGAAGUAUCUUGAAGAAGCAUACCAGGGAGAUCUUAUUCGCCAAACUUUGCCAAUAAUUCGACCUGAGCAUUCGGCGAUCAUCCUUGAGCUCACUGCAUCCACUGCCAAUUCCAUAGCCACUUCCACUUCCACUGCCACCUCAAUCCAAUUCGAUAUCAAUGCUUUUCUUGAUUCUCCUGAGAUCAACUUUGAUAUUGUCAAGGGAAACGAGCCUUUGCCCCCUUCCGCACUUCCUUUAGCUAUAAAGGGGGAGAUUUCCAUGGAUGAAUCCGAGUAUGAGCAUUUGUUGGAAUACUAUUGCGAGACAUACGAUGAUCAAACUCUUGUUCAUUAUUGCCAGGCUGGUCAUUCCAAUAAUUUUGUUAACAAUCGGAUACAGAAGUUUGAAUCAAUCAAUCUUCUUGGGCAAAUAUACAAGAGCAAAACGAAGAAUCAGCGUGGGUCGUUCAUGCAAGCCUUGUUUGAGACAAGUGAUGGUAGAAGUACCAAGCCAUACGCGGGCCAAAUUCAGUACCUCUUUGUCAAUACUGCUGUAAACUCGUUUGCUGGUCAUGCGAGCCAGCAUGUAUUUGCAUAUGUACGAUGGUACAAGGAAGUUUUACUUCAGCCCAGAGCAGGAGAAGGAGUUGAGGUGAAUGAGGUGGGGUUCGAAGAUGACAGCAUGAACAGCAUUCUCCCAGUGCAUAGAAUCUGCUAUCCAGUCGCAGUAGGCGAGCACCUUGGUCUAGAAGGCGAAGUUCAGAUGUGUGUAGUUUCUUUGCCACGAAAAAUAUAUAUUUAG